CAUAGUCCAAGUGGGCCUUUAACAUUCUAAUAAUCUUGAACGUUUUCUUGGACAUCACGGACGUGUUUACGAAGAUCUUGGUCAGGACACGACAGAUAGAAGAUCAUAGUCAGUUAAUCUAGACACAGGGAAAUAAUUGUUUGGUCAUUCAGCAUGCCACCCAAGUACAAAUAUCACUGGUUUAAGGAUCUCCGUGCUCGUGGGGAGUUUCCCAGAUUGGUGUUUGUAGCUGCUGGGGUUGAUUAUGAAGAUGUUCUAGUGGGACGACAUGGACCAGAGUGGGACGCCAAGAAACCAACAAUGCCUGGUGGAACUCUGCCUGUUCUAGAAGUUGAUGGUCAGUUGUUUGGGGAGAGUGUGGUAAUAGCCAGAUAUUUAGCUCGUGAAUUUGGUCUGGAUGGUAGAGACAACUAUGAGAAGUUAUUAACCGACACAAUAGUAGAUAGAAUCAUCCAAUUACGAGAACUUUUAGUCGGUUUUAUGUUUCAGAAAGAUGAAGAAAUCAAGGCAGUAGCACAGAAGAAGUUUCUUGAUGAACAGCUUCCAGCUGCUAUGAAUUUAAUUCAGAAACAUGCCCAAGAAAAUAAAUGUACCGGAGAUUUUCUUGUUGGUGAUAAGCUAUCCUGGGCGGACCUAGCCUUGUUUGAUAUGUUCGAACAUUUACUCGCAUUUAAACCGGAUGCUUUAGAUAACCACCCAAAAAUAUCAGCCAGUUUUAAACUUGUGCCGACAUUACCCAGACUUUCUGAAUACCUGAAAAAUCGUCCAGUCACACGAGUAUAAUUCAUCAAACUGUUGGUAGUUCACAAAACAAUUCCUGCUGUGACGUGUUUCUAGAAGUUAAUUUGAUCUGAGUAAAGUUAAAUUGUUGAUUUAAUUAAAUUUGAUUCGUUAUACAAUUAUAAUUACAUGUACGCAGAUUCAGCCAAACAAUUUUUUUAUUAUCUUGUUUUAUUUUUUGUAAAUUGAAUUUUCAUUAUCUUUUUUUUAUUCUUUGUAAAUUAAAUUUAAUGAAAGCAAAGGAUUUUGGCCGUCACUCAUGGAACGAAGAUUUAAUCGUUUCGAACCAUCUUCCGUCAUAAAUGGGAAUCACAGCCAACAAUUUAUUUAAUUUAAAUCAAAAUUGUCCAAGUUGUGUACAGGAUCCAAUCCAAUCCAAUAAUAUUAUGUUUAUAAAGAUAU